UGUUCUGGCACCAAAAUGUGGCUUCAUACCUUAAAGAAAAGUUGACCAAGAAAAUGGACAGCGCGAUGAAGACUGGCAGUUAGAAUUUAUAAACGCUGAAACAAAACCAAUCAAUGUCUUUGGUCUGAGGCGAGUCCGUCGCUGACAAGAGAAGAGUACCAGAAGCGCUGCAACGAACAAGCGCUCAAACUUUGACAAAAAUUUACGAACACGCGGAUUAAUGGGUUUUAAAAAGAAACCGGACUCAUUUUCAUCUAGCGGGAAAAUGCUGCGGUUGCCCUCACCACGCACAAAAUACGACCGUAAUAACAGGAGCAUGUUAGACAAACGGAACAGCGUUUCACAGCUUCCGUGUUCCCGUCGGGGCUGGUUCGCGAAAGAACCGUUUACAACCGAUGCGAGACGAGAGUUUGUACCGAAAUGCCACCAGGCGCGUGCAGUUAACUGAUGGACAUCCGGGUAUCUUCUUGUGACCUGAAGUGCGCGCUUUGUGCGGUGUGAACCUGUUUUGGGGGGACAACUGGAUCAGCCAGGUCCAGGUCACAAACACCAGAAGGAUCACACUUGUUCUCUUGACCAUGUAACAUGUUUGCUAUGAGCUUGACAAGCUUUUCGCAUGUUAAUGCAAUAAAAAUAAGUCGCCCACCCCCACUCCUCCCAUCAGUGUCUGCGGAUUGCUUUUCAUAUCAUGCUUUACAGCUCCAGGAAAGUCAGGAAAGAAGAAAUAUGACAGAAGUUGUAAAAUCAGUAAAAUCACUUUGCAGGGCUGAAGAUUUUAGAGAAGACACAAAAAAGAUAAUGCAACCGUAUGCUAACUGGGAAAAGUUUUUGGUGCCUGGACCAGUCUCCAUAGCCAUUCUGGGGGAACUCGUCUGCAUCUCCUCAGAUGUAGAUUUUUCCAUCAACAAGAACCCCCCCAGUGGUGGGUUUCAGUUUAUCAAGUAUCCAGAGUCAUUCCGUGCCUGUCUGAUGCAAGUGGCCAAUUCAGGAUGGGCAGCAUUCAAUGAAGCUCAUAAGAACAUGGACCAGAUUCGUCUCCAUACUGCCAGUGUUCCAGGUUACGUGACAAUGGCAGUGAAAAUACUGCUCCAGGACAAUGAUGAGCUUGUCCAGACUCUCCUCCCUGACCAGCUGGAAAACAUAGCUACUAUAUCAAAACAAUGCACAAAUCUAGCUAAGAAUACUGAAAAGAAGUUCAAUAUUGUCAUUAACCUGAUCCAAGAAUUAUUAGAAGCAUGCGUCAAUGCAAAGAAAAUCUAUGGGGAUGAGCUUGAAGAAGUGAAACGUAACAUAGAAGCAACAAAAGAGAAGAAAAAGGCUUCAGAUAAAGCCAAUGAAAGAGCAACGAAAGCAUAUGAGGAGUUAAAUAAGCACCUAGAAGAGGCACAGAACACAUAUAAUACGGCAAUAAAUUCAAUGCCAAGUGGAUGGGAAGUUCUUGGGAUGAACUUCGUUGAAGGACUCAUGCAAGGUUUAACAGGUAUGGUCGCUCAGUCCACUACUAUAAUAGGAAGUGACCAGAAGGAUGAAAACAAGAAUAUUUUUGCAACAAGCAAUGUAUUCUCCAAAUCAGGGCAGCUUCUUAAAUAUGCACAAUCAGUGCGUGAUUUUGUUCAUGGAAACAAAAUCAGUUGGUCUGACAUAUAUGAUCAACAAUCUGAAAAAUCCAAAACGGCUUUCCUGAAAGAGCAGUUUGAACAAAUUCAGAAGGAGGUGAAAGAUGAAUCCUGUAAAGAAAAAGAGCUUGUAGCAAACAUCUGCACAAAGGCUGUUGAGCUCUGUGCUGAGCUAACAAAGAUUGCACCUACAGGAAAAUGUGACGAUGCUAAGACAAAAGAGCUGAUUUCUGGAAUCCAGGACUUGUUUAUGCAAGCACAUGAAUUUGAUUCUAAGAGUAAAUCGUUCUCUAACACUCCUGCUUUUACACCUCAGCCCCCACUGCUGUCUAAAAGCAGCGAAAAGAAAGGGGCAGGUGAAGCUGCAGUGGAAAACGCCCGAUUCCGUAUAGAGCAAAGUCGAGCCCAGCUGGAAAAGAUGAGAGAGGCACAGAAGCAGAGUUUGGAAAACCUGGAGAAAAACCAGAAGGAGCUGACUGAAAUCCUCAUCACCCUGAGAAGCUGUGAAGUCAAGGAAAUAGAUUUCACCACCACCAUUAAAAUGUUGGUUAAGGGACUUGAUGCCAUGGGAAGAGUGAAGGAGCAGUGGGAGAAGAUGGUGCGAUUCUUUCAAAUGAUUUCAUCUAUUAUCGAGACCUGCUUGAGCACAUCUCUGAAUAAUUUUGUUAAAACAUCUGAGAAGUCAUUAGAGAAGAAACUCUCAUAUGACACAAGAAUGUUUCAGAAAGACCUGAUCUAUCAGCAGGCUUUUCAUGCAUCUAAUGUUGCCAGUCUGGUGAACAUGAUCUCAGGGACCUACGUGGAGAUUUCUGAGAAACACCUAAUGGACAGGGUCAGCAGCCUGGGUAAACUCAUGGCUCUCGAUCCCAAAUCAGAGGGUUUUGUAUCCGAACGCCUAAAAUUACAAAAGGGCUGCGAUGAAGCUCAGGAGGCAAUAAAAACUCUGGUUUCUGAGAAUUGCGAGACCUACGAUAAAAAAACUAAACAAAGAUUUGAAACUAUUCAGCGUGAGCUGAAUGCAGUGCUGCCCCCAGCAUCUGAGAAAGAAACAGAAAAACUAAGAUCAAUCACUGCAGCUGCAUUUAAGGACUUGAGUACGGACGAUGCAAAUCAGUUUUGCUAAAGGUGUCAAUUUAAAUCAGUCAGUAUGUACUUUCCUAAAUUCUUAAACCUUUAUUUGCUUUCAUUCAUGCUGGUGCUUUCCUACUGUAUAGCACUUCUCAUUGUACAUAGACCGUUCAUUUUCUCAAGUCUCUUCACCAGCUCCCCCUGCUGCUAAGAUCCAGUUCAAGUUCCACAACCUACAGUUUCUUACAUGGCUUGACUCCUCAGUACCUCCAGUCUGUCCACUCUCCUAGGGGUAACCUCUUUCCUGCCUCUGUUUCUCUUCUCUUGGAACUUCCUCUCUCCUAGCGUACAAGAAAAGACUGCUCAUUCUCUCAUCUUGAUCCCAAACUGUUGGGUGAGCUUCCGCUCAACAUCAGGUGGGCUUCCAAUCUUUUGACUUUAUGCUGUCAUUUCAAGAGUCU